AUGGGUUACUGCGGUAUACCGAGCAGAGCGUGUGAAAACUGCAGCACCAAGUGUGACGAAAAGCACCCACAGUGUGCGCGUUGUUUGAAUCUGGGCAAAAUCUGUUCUGGUUACAGAGAUCAAUCAAGCCUAUUGUUUCGAGACGAAACGUCCAAGACAAAAGACAAGAUCCGGCAGCGUAAGAUAUUGAAACAUGAUCGAGAAACCUAUUGUUUGAAGAAUGCGGAUUCGUCGGUUAUGGAGACGUCUUCUCCAAAUUACGGGGCUCCACAUCCUCCAUUGCUCCCCUCAAAGGAAGAGAUCGCAAUAUGUCACUUUUAUCACUCUACAGUCGAGAACCUAUCGAUCCAUGAUCCAACGCUUUCCCUCCAGGAGCAGCUACCGCGCCUCCAUGCUGAAUGUAGGCAGGAUUCGGCUUUGAACUUGGCAUUGGAGGCAGUGUCGCUUGUCGCUUCUGCGGAAAUCAUACCCCAUGCUACCCAGCUAGGCUUGAAUCGAUACCUCAAAGCCGUUCGAGCCCUGAAGGAAGCAAUACAGACUGAGCACCUAGGCUCAAAUCACCAGGCGUUGUAUGGUGUUCUACUCCUUUGUGGCUAUGAGACGAUGACUGGCCAUUCGUCUAUGCCUUCGGCAUGGGGGGCUCAUGUGGAUGGGGCUCUGGCUCUUUUGAAGCUUCGGGCAAAUCAUCUUGACUCUCCCUUCUCACGCAGUAUCUAUUUCUUUAUUCUGAAAAACGUGGUUAUGAGCCAGAUGCAAAUAUGCGAACCUGUCGAUGCGCUCUUCACUCAAGGGUAUUAUUCUUCAUGUCAGGACCCAGAGAUCCGCCUGCUUUCAAUAGCAGCUGAUAUACCACGACUUCAACACCAAAGUAUCAGUCUUACGCAACUCGGGACGACUGAGAUAGAAAGAAUAAUCCUCGAUGCUAAUGCGUUGGAAUUUCAACUUUCUACUUGGGCAAAAGGUCUCCCACCUGCUUGGUCCUACGUCACUGCACUGCAUAUCAACAGUGAUGCACGCUCAGAAUAUGCUCCGCGAAGCGUCCACAGAUAUGCUCACUUUUAUACGGCUCGCGUAUGGAACUUCUACCGUGUCUCGCACCUUAUCCUGCUUUCGAUUCGACUCCGCGCUUUCUCUGCUUUGCCAUCAUCAUUAGAUACCCAGCCGGGAAUGUACAAACUGGGAAGUUCUCUCUCGUAUGGCCCUUAUAUGUCGCCUGCAGCGCCUCGGAAGUACCCCAAGGACAGAAGGGUUGGAUACGCAAACAGCUUCAAUGUCUUGCACAAGGCGGUGUUCCUAUUGCUCAAACAGUCUGCAACGCGGAGAGUCAGAUACUCUUUGGUAGGCCUGAAGUAUUUCGCUUUGAUUGUGUAUGAAGCCUUGGGCUACACUUAA